AAUUCCACAGAAUUUUAUCAUAAAGAUCUGAAGUCUGUAAAGAGUGUUCUUCAGGUUUCUCAUAAUUUUCCUGAAGAAGAGAAUCUGAUAUUAUAUGACUAGAGACCAUUUUUUAUAACAAUGGGGGAAACAGCAAGAAAUUCAGAUUCUGAUCAAGACUGUAAGUCAGAUAAACAUCAGGACUAUUACUAUUCAUCUGAAUUCGAAUCUACUCUGCCAAAGUCUUCUGACCAGUCAUCACUGGUCAAUUGCUUUUCACCUGCAAGUAUUAAAAGACAUAUUUCACGUAAACAAGUGCUUGUUCCCCAAGCCCCUAGGAAACCAAAACCUAAGGAUGUACUCAACAGAAAGGGAGUUCGUGCGGGAUUUCAUUCCCAGAACCUCAGUAAAGAGCAACUUGAGAAAGAUAACGAUCUGGUUACCAAACGGAUUCUUUCUGCAAGACUGCUAAAAAUCAAUGACUUGCAGAAUGAAAUAACUGAACUUCAUAUCCAGUUAGAUGAGCUUACCAAAGAAAACAAGGCUUUGAAAAGGCUUCAGUAUAGGCACGAGAAAGCCCUGAGUAAGUUUGAAGAUACAGAAAACCAAGUGUCACAACUUCUGGCUUGCCAUAACAAUGAGAUCACAGCACUCAAAGAACGCUUAAGAAAAUCCCAAGAAAAAGAACGCGCAGCUGAGAAAAGGGUAAAAGAAACAGAGGAUGAGCUACUCAGGACAAAAUACUCCUUACAAAAACUGAAAAGAAUAUCCGAAGCUAGGCAAUUACCUGAACGAGAUGAUUUGGCAAAGAAACUAUUUUCAGCAGAGUUAAAAUUAGAUGACACAGAGAGAAAAAUAAAGGAACUGACAAAAAAUCUUGAGUUAAGUAAUAGUAGUUUCCAACGACAAUUGCUUGCUGAAAGGAAAAAAGCAUGUGAAGUUCAUGAUGAAAAUAAAAUCCUUCAAAGGGAGUUGCAACAGCUACAUACCAAGUUAAAGGAAAAGGAGAGAGAACUGGAUAUAAGGAAUAUCUAUUCUAAUCGUUUACCAAAGUCCUCUCCGAAGAAAGAAAAAGAAAUUCUAUCAAGAAAAAAUGCUGCAUGCCAGGUUGAUUUUAUGACCGAAUGUACAAAAGGAGUACAAACCAGUGAAGACUUCAAAAUGGAAGAAGUUUUUGUACUGCCACAGACAGUUACAUGUAAUGAACAUAGAUCACAAGAUCCUGAGCAUCUUAAAUGGAAUCUGGUAUGUCAAGAGACUGAUGAAUAUGACAGAGCAGGGGUUGGAAACGCAGUGAUGGAGAGAGAAGAACAUCUCAUUAGAGGUCAGGAACAUCAUACGAAGCAGAACUUUGUGAAGCAAGAGAAUGACUGGGAAAGAGAAAAAUCUGUUAAAAACCACAGAGAAAACACACUUUUAUUGGAAAGAGGAGAAAAGGCAGCAUUGGAAGCUGUAAGAUGCCAAACAGAUAUGUACUACAUUCAAAAUACUGAAGAGGAAGAGGAAGAAAGACAGAAGAGAAAAAUCCUAAUUGCUAAGCUAAAUGAAAUUGAUCGAGAGCGCCAAGAUAUCCAGGAUCCCAGCUGCGCUCCUCUGCCACUGCUACCUGAUUUAAAAUCAAAAUUGGACUCCUCAGAAAGUACUCCCACUAAAUACACGUCUUCUGAAUCUGAGAGAUUUUUUAAUGGGCGUCAUAUGCAAGGCAUCCGUCUUUUAACUGCCCAAGAUGAUCAGGAUGCAGGAAAUAUUACAAGGCAAGCCUCUCCAACUGAGUUUUCAUUUGGCAGUUAUGUGCCUUCAUUUGCAAAAACAUCAGAGAAGCCAAGUCCAGUUAGCCAGAAGAAUAGCCUUUCGGAAUUCCAAAAAGACACUACAGAGAAACUUAGUCAAGAUGAUGUAGAUCUGAUGUCAAGAAGAGAGAGGAAAGCGAAUCUGAUGGAACAACUGUUUGGAACCAGCAGCAGCAGCACGGUUUCAUCAAAAAAUGGUGAACCACAUCAUCAAAGCAAAGAGGACUUUGACCCUCUAAAUUUUCUCCCAGCAGAUAAAAGCAGUAAGGGGAGAGACCGCGAUGAAGAUGACUUUUUCUUCAACGAAGGAAGAAGAUUUACUCCAAGUAGACAUAGGUUAACCCAUGAAAACCAUAAACCUGCGGUAAAAGUCGUUGAUUCUGUAGAAGAUGAAAUUGAAGAAGUAAUACUGAGAUGACUGAUUAAGUAUAAAUAUUUUUCCAAUUGUACAGAUUAAAAUAUUUUAAUAUGAUAUUUUUAUAAACAUUUAGACUUACAAACAUUUGAGUUUUAAUACUAAAAGUUCCUAUAAGGAAUUAUUUUAAUAAAUAUAUUAAAAUAUAAAGUAGAUCAUAUUUACUAGAUUGCCAAGAGUGAAGGAUGUGUUUUUGAAUGAAACUGAAAUUAGAAAUAUAUCUUACUUGGUUUAUGCUUAUUUAUUAUGCUUCUUUAU